GCGCAGAAAAGUGGAAUCAUGAAUUAAAGGUAUCUUAAUGAACGGGCCAGCUCGCGUAUCGUGAUAAAAUAUUGUUAGAGGUGUUGUAUCGUUCGUAUUUUUAAACGUUCGGAUCGUGCAGUGGCGUGAAAAAGGUGUAUAUCUGUGACGAAGUGUUUCGCUUGUUGCACAGUUGCCAAGGCGACUAAAGUACGUGCGUGCGUGUGCGUGUCGGAAAGUGUGCUAUGAAAAGAGAACGAUCGUCAGAACGGCAAUUCUACGGCUACCUAUGUACUGACGGCAACUCGAUGCUUCAAAAACGAACAGCCUGAAGACGGGACUAUUAUGGACUAUCCGGUUUUGGGCCACUACGACCUGACCGUAGAGGCCACGGUUGAGAGCGGUGGUGACGAACAAGAACUCCUCUGGGAAGAUUCAAGUUAUGUCUUAUCCAAUGAGGAAUAUGUACCUGCAGCUGAGCAAUUUGGAGAAGAUUUUGCCGGGGCUGAGUUUCAUGAAACUCGCACUUUACUUGUUGAUGGGGGGGAUAGAUUUGGAGUUUCCACUGCCACUUUCGAUACUGUCGAAGAACUUAUGUGGAUGGGGAAUCAAGGGGGUCACGUAACAUCUUAUUAUGGACCUGGGUUACAAAAAUAUACUUCCUUUCAAGUGCAUGCUACGCAAGAAGUACGACAUAUUCAUCCAUUAGAUGAGGGUAUUUUAAUCCUAACGCAAAGUUUAUUAAGAUGUCAAUUACGGAGGGGCAUACCAAUAUUUACACAUAUGUCACCAAAUAUGAUGGAUAUGCAAUGCAUGCUUCAAAUUUCACCAACAAGGUUACUUAUGGGAGGGCAUCAGGAAAAAAUAAUUGAUUUUAAUCUGACCAGAGGAAAAGAGACUGGAUUAGUAAAUGUAGGAGAAAGUGGUUGUGCAAUUUUAAGACAGCAUAAUAGACUUAUAUGUGCUGGUAAUCCUGCAGGGAGAAUUGAUCUCAGAGAUCCGAAUACACUAUCGAUAGAACAUACUUUUGAUACCCAUAGUGGUUCUCUCAGUGAUUUUGAUGUUCAAGGAAAUUACCUUGUUACCUGUGGUUUUAGUAACAGUCGUCAAGGUCUUUCGGUCGAUCGAUUCUUAAUGGCAUACGACUUAAGGCAAAUGAGAGCACUAAGUCCUGUCACAACUCUAGUAUACCCCCUUUUAUUGAAGUUCCUACCUAGUUAUUCAAGCCGUUUAGCGGUCGUAUCACCACUGGGCCAAAUGCAACUUCUUGAUACUAUCUAUGCUAAUGUACAACCACCUAUGACAUGCUUGUAUCAGGUUGCUACUGGUGGUGCUAUGAUAUUAUCAUUUGAAGUAUCCUCUACAUCUCAAUGCCUUUGCUUUGGAGAUUCAGCAGGUUCUAUACAUCUUAUGUCUACGAAUACACCGGAACCUCAGUUUAAUACAUUCUCUCGGCCAACAGAAUUCGCUGACCCUGUUGAAUCAGUUCAAUCUGUAUCAUUCGAUGAUGAUAUUACACCUCUAAGUACAAUACCUAUUGUUUAUACAGGACAUCCAUUAUUAAGUGAUUGGCCGGAAGAAUAUUUAAAAAAAGUCUAUAGGAAAACACCAUUGAUUGAUCCCGAGAUUCUGCGCACAAUGAAAAUGCAAGGAACAAUAGGCUAUGCACCAAAUCCUCAGGCGUUUCGCAGAAAUCAAAUACCUUACAAUUUGGAAAAACGACGUGGUGUAGUCGCAAAGCUUUUCGCGGGGGACUCACGGUCUAAAACAGAUGACGGUACCUUUGUGGCCAUACCAAAACGUUAUCGUAAAAUCGAGGUGAAAUAUUCACGUCUCGGUUAUGACGAGUUCGAUUUUGAUCAAUAUAAUCGUACCAGCUUCUGCGGCUUGGAAGCCACACUUCCCAACAGUUAUUGUAAUGCUAUGUUGCAGUUACUUUACUAUUGCGAACCUGUAAGGAUAGCAUUGCUCUCUCACUCGUGCCAAAGAGAAUUCUGCCUUUCUUGUGAACUAGGAUUCUUGUUUCACAUGUUGGACACAUCGCGGGGAUUGCCUUGCCAGGCUGCUAAUUUCCUUCGAGCUUUUAGAACGGUGCCGGAAGCGGCAGCCUUGGGACUCAUACUGAGCGAUCUACAUCCGGAAGCUAAAAGAAAAACCAAUUUGAUUAGACUGAUACAAAGUUGGAACAGAUUUAUUCUGCAUCAAAUUCAUUACGAAAUAUUGGAAACGAGAAAACGACAGCAAGAGGAAGAAGAAGCUGCUCGCCUUAAGUCAGGUCCCAAAUGUCCGCCAUUCGUUUAUAAUGAACAAGACUUUCCUAGUAUUUUGCAGGACAUUGGUUCUAGAUAUAGAAGUCACGACGAAGAGAGGAAAAAGAGGAGGAAGCAAGAUGAGGAUGGUAAAUAUAUGUGGAUCACAUCGAAAGAUAAGAACAACAAAAAGUCUAUUGAAGAAAAUGAGGUGCGAGACGAAGAGACAGAGAUCAGUCGUCUGUUUGGGUCCGAACAAAUGCAUAUACAUCGCUGUCUCAAAUGUGGGCAAGAAGCUACAAAACAUUCCAUCAUGUUGCUGUGUAACUUAGUUUAUCCAGAGUUAUUGCACCCUUCUGAGGAGGUUCCGUUUACAAGUGUUCUUGCCCGCAGUUUAAGACCCGAGAAAAUUACACCUGCAUGGUGUGACAAUUGUCAAAAAUUUACACCCACUCUCCAAUCUCGACAAUUGACUAAAUUACCUCAAAUAUUGGCUCUGAACUGUGGUUUAGAUACACAGCAGGACAAAGCAUUCUGGCAAGCCCAGAUGGACAUAGUCGUUCAAAAAGUAUUAAGUGGGAAAGAAAGUAGUCCAUCUUCGAGCCCCGUUCCAAUCACCGUAAAACCUUGUCGAUACGGUAACAAUUGCACUCGAGUUGGUUGUAGAUUCAGACACAUUGGUAGAGAUUCAGGUAAUUCGAUAGACCUUACAAAUUGUUAUGCUAUAAUCAGACGAUAUAGCAUACAUUUCCAUAUUUUAUUUUUGUGUGUGUUUUUUUUUAUAGAAAAUGUAUCAACAUCGCCCGUUACACCUCCUAUGACGACUACGUCUGUUGCAACGCCGCCUAGUCAUUUGUACUAUUCACAUUCGUGGAUUCCACACAAUAUUGAAAUUUCUCUGAACAGUAACGGUGAACUGUUCGUGGAAAAAAUUAAUAGUUCAAAGAGUAUUUCUACCGAAAGUAGUAAGCCUAGCGAAGAGAUCAUAGUAGAAAAUGGUCAGGGCGAUGGCAAGGCGCAAGGAGAUUCGGAAAGUCCUGGAACAGAUUCCGAAGGAAAAGAGCCAGAGAAUCACGUCACCGGACCGGAUAAUGGGGAUGGAGAAAACGCGAAUGCAACCGACGAAGGUCCAAAUAAAAUAAGUAAAAUGCAAUAUAGCCUUAGUGCCGUUGUUUGUUACAUCAAUGACAAAAGCAACGAAGACAGGAGGAACAUUGUUGCGUUGCUACGGGUCGGACCACAUUAUCAUGAAAGAUCGACUGGCAGCGCGGUUUCGCAGUGGUAUAUUUUGAACGACUUUUGCAUAUCAGCGGUAACACCACACGAGGCAGUUUGGUUCAAUCUCGAUUGGAAAGUUCCGUGUGUUCUUCACUAUACGGCUGUGCCAGCACCCGAACCAGCACCUUUUGUCAGUCCCCUUACGUACGACGUUUUCGGAGAAGACAAAUGCAUAGCUCGCAGUGGAGGAACUAGAGGGAUCACGUUUACCCCCCUAACAUCCGACGAAAUGCCGAAAAAAGGGGAAUUGGUAGGAAUCGAUGCAGAAUUCGUUACUUUGAAUCAAGAAGAGUCUGAGCUUCGAAGCGAUGGGAAAAUGUCCACUAUAAAACCGAGUCAUAUGUCUGUUGCACGCAUCACUUGCAUACGCGGGCAAGGUCCUUUGGAAGGUACUCCUUUCAUAGACGAUUACAUAAGCACUCAAGAGCAAGUGGUCGAUUACCUGACAAAGUUCAGUGGAAUUCAACCUGGUGAUCUGGAUGCUAAUUUUAGCAGUAAACAUUUGACUACGCUCAAGUCAACUUAUCAAAAGUUACGGUUCUUGGUUGACAAUGGAAUAAUAUUCGUGGGUCAUGGCCUAAAGAAUGACUUUAGGGUAAUAAAUUUAGUUGUGCCACCGGAACAGAUUGUAGAUACAGUAUUGCUCUUUCAUUUGCCCCAUCAUCGCAUGGUAUCGUUACGUUUUUUAACGUGGCACUUUUUGGGUAAAAAGAUUCAAUCCGAAACACACGAUUCGACGGAGGAUGCUCGCGCUGCGCUCGAAUUGUAUCGCAAAUACAAGGAAUUAGAAGGUUCUGGGAAGUUGGCCGAGUCUUUGAAAGAGCUUUACCAUGUUGGCAGUCAAUUACAGUGGAAAGUAAGGGCGACAAGUAAUCCUAUUCUAAGAAAUGCGAGGUACCUUCGUCGGUUUCUAUUUCCAAUAACUUUCUAUCUACCUCUAGGUUCCGGACAGCUGAUACGAGGACGAUUCUCACGAAGAAGUACACGAUUUAGUUACAUCGGGCAACGAGGGUGAAGCUUAAGCGAUGGUUUCGAAGUAUAGUGUAAAUACUUUGACGAUAGUGUUUCGAAAGACAUCACCUGACGUAUCGAUAAUUCGUCGAUACCUGGAGUUUUCAAUUUACGAUCGAAUUAUGCACUUUUUUUUUAAGAUACGUCUAAUUAUGCUUAGGUGGGAGAGAAGAGGCCGUGUCUGAGCAUCGAGUGUGGCGAUGAUGUCGUAAAGGUUAAGAUUACGGGUACAAUUACAUUGUCAAUCAUUUAGUAUUUUUUUUCUUCUACGAUAUUUAUUCGUUAGACCGUUCGUUACAUCCGUCGCGUGGAGUAUAAUCGUAAUCGAAUCGUCGUAUGUGAAUCAAAUUUUAAUUAGUUUCCAUAUAAUCGAUCAUUGUAAAUUAUUAAUGCAACCGAAGGUAAGAAAUUCUUGUUGAUCGUGAGUUUAGGAAGAGUAAUCGUGUAAGCCACGCAAUGGCGAUUUGUACAUAUUGUCCGAUAGCACAUUAGCGUUUUGAAGAGCAGUAUCGAUCCCUCACUGCCCGACCAUUUAUUGAUAUUUAUUUUAAUUUCUCUAUAUAUUCCAAACCGGAAGAUAACACAAAUCCAUCCUGCUCGGUAACAGUACUACGAUACGUAUAUAUAAUUGAUAGUUGGUAUUUAGCAAUAAUUCUGAAUGGGAAAUCUGUACGAAGGUAAUGUUUCACACUUUCCUUUUAUACGUAUCUUUUCUAAUGUAUUAACUUUUGUACCAUUUUAUCUAACGGUAGCUCGCAAUGCGGGGGAAAAAACAAAUUUUUAUAAGAUUUAACUUCGUCCUAACAGAUUUCAGUUUUCGGCCAAUUACCACAGGCCGUUUUCAAUUGAUUCUAAGCGUUAAAGUAAACCGAAAUGUUUUCUAAACGGUCCUUUUCUACGAAGCUCUCGAAACGCAAAAAAAAAUAUUAACAAGAUAGUAGUAUAUUUUACAAACGAUUGUACUCAUAGAUUAUUUUUAUAUACAUUUUACCAAUGUCAAAAAAAAAGAGAGAGAGAGAAGCAAAAUAAUGCUGUCAAAAUGUAUGAAACGAAACAAGAUUAUUGAGCAUCUAUUUUUUUAUAUCUGGAAAGAUUUCCUUAUAAUUUGUGCACAACAAAACUUACGCAUUGAUUUUGAUGGAAACGCGAUCCAUGUAGUUGUAAAGAAAUCAGUGGUACUCGAUGGUAAAUAGUAAUCAUACAUUUGUUUUUGUGUACAUUACGUCAUUGUGAUUUUUCAAUAAAUGAUCAUAUGGAAAAUUAAUUCCUGGUUUAUAAAAAACUUCCUGAUUCUAAAACAUUCCAGAAAUAUUUGUAUUGCUUCCAAAGGUAUGCAAUUAUCUUCUUGACCUCUUUCAACAAUAGGGUUUAAAUUAUGGCGAAUAGAGAAAUGAAUACCAAUACUGCAUUGUGCUUUUAUGCUUAUUGCUUCAUAAUAUUUUUAACUACAGCUUCGUAGCA